UUAAGGGCGGCGCGCGCUGUGUUUGGCCGAGCAGAGGCAGCUGACCUUUGAGGAAAUCGCUGGUCCCGGCUCUUCCUGUAGCGGCAGCGCCUUGAACCGGGCACGGAGCGGGGCAGGGACCCAGGUGACCAUGGCCGGCUGGAUCCGCGCCCAGCAGCUGCAGGGGGACGCGCUGCGACAGAUGCAGGUGCUGUAUGGGCAGCACUUCCCCAUCGAGGUCCGCCACUACCUGGCCCAGUGGAUAGAGAGCCAGCCCUGGGACACCAUCGAUGUGGACAGCCCCCAGGACCGAGCCCAGGCCGCCCAGCUCCUGGAGGGCCUGGUGCAGGAGCUGCAGCGGAAGGCGGAACACCAGGUGGGGGAGGACGGGUUUCUGCUGAAGAUCAAGCUGGGCCACUACGCCACGCAGCUGCAGAGCACCUACGACCGCUGCCCCCUGGAGCUGGUCCGCUGCAUCCGGCAUAUCCUGUACAACGAGCAGAGGCUGGUGCGCGAGGCCACCAACGGCGGCUCCCCGGCCGGAAGCCUCACCGACGCCCUGUCGCAGAAGCACCUGCAGAUCAGCCAGACGUUCGAGGAGCUGCGGCUGGUGACGCAGGACACGGAGAGCGAGCUGAAGAAGCUGCAGCAGGCGCAGGAGUACUUCAUCAUCCAGUACCAGGAGAGCCUGCGCAUCCAGGCCCAGUUCACGCAGCUGGCGCAGCUGAGCCCCCAGGAGCGGCUGAGCCGGGAGUCGGCGCUGCAGCAGAAGCAGGCGACGCUGGAGGCCUGGCUGCAGCGCGAGGCGCAGACGCUGCAGCGGUACCGCGUGCACCUUCAUCAUCGAGAAGCAGCCCCCGCAGGUGCUGAAGACGCAGACCAAGUUCGCGGCCACCGUGCGGCUGCUGGUGGGCGGGAAGCUGAACGUGCACAUGAACCCGCCGCAGGUGAAGGCCACCAUCAUCAGCGAGCAGCAGGCCAAGGCCCUGCUCAAGAACGAGAACACCCGCAACGAGUGCAGCGGCGAGAUCCUGAACAACUGCUGCGUCAUGGAGUACCACCAGGCCUCCGGCACGCUCAGCGCCCACUUCCGAAACAUGUCACUGAAGAGGAUCAAGAGGGCCGACCGGCGGGGUGCCGAGUCGGUGACGGAGGAGAAGUUCACGGUGCUGUUCGAGUCGCAGUUCAGCGUGGGCGGCAACGAGCUUGUGUUCCAGGUCAAGACCCUGUCCCUCCCCGUGGUUGUCAUCGUCCACGGCAGCCAGGACCACAACGCCACGGCCACCGUGCUGUGGGACAAUGCCUUUGCCGAGCCGGGCAGGGUGCCGUUCGCCGUGCCUGACAAAGUGCCGUGGCCCCAGCUCUGCGAGGCGCUCAACAUGAAGUUCAAGGCCGAGGUGCAGAGCGCCCGGGGCCUGACCAAGGAGAACCUGGUGUUCCUGGCGCAGAAGCUGUUCAGCAGCGGCAGCGGCCACCUGGAGGACUACAGCGGCAUGUCCGUGUCCUGGUCGCAGUUCAACAGGGAGAACCUGCCGGGCUGGAACUACACCUUCUGGCAGUGGUUCGACGGGGUCAUGGAGGUGCUCAAGAGGCACCACAAGCCCCACUGGAACGACGGCGCCAUCCUGGGCUUCGUGAACAAGCAGCAGGCGCACGACCUGCUCAUCAACAAGCCCGACGGCACCUUCCUGCUGCGCUUCAGCGACUCGGAGAUCGGCGGCAUCACCAUCGCCUGGAAGUUCGACUCUCCCGACCGCAACCUGUGGAACCUCAAGCCCUUCACCACGCGGGACUUCUCCAUCCGCUCGCUGGCCGACCGCCUGGGCGACCUGAGCUACCUGGUGUACGUGUUCCCCGACCGGCCCAAGGACGAGGUCUUCUCCAAGUACUACACGCCCGUGCUCGCUAAAGCCGUGGACGGCUACGUGAAGCCGCAGAUCAAGCAGGUGGUGCCCGAGUUCGCGACCGCAUCUGCCGACGCCGGGGCCAGCGCCACCUACAUGGAUCAGGCCCCGUCCCCGGCCGUGUGUCCCCAGGCGCCGUACAGCAUGUACCCGCAGAACCCCGAUCCCGUCCUGGACCAGGAGGGUGAAUUCGACCUGGACGAGACCAUGGACGUGGCCCGGCACGUGGAGGAGCUGCUGCGCCGGCCCGUGGGCAGCCUGGACUCGCGCCUCUCCCCGCCCGCCAGGCUCUUCUCCCCGGCCAGAGGCUCCCUGUCCUGAGCCCGAGCUCGGGCUUCUCCCGGGCACAGGGCACCACGGGAAGCGGCAGCCACGCCCACGGCGCUGUGCACACUGGCGCCUUUGCCGCCCGCCUGGGCGCUCAGCGGGCUGUGCGCAAUGGAGUGUGCGCGCCAGGCGCACCCACCUCCCCUCUGUGCGCCUGGACACGUGGCUGCAGCGCAGUGGCCCCCUUUUUGGAGGCAGAAGCCCCCAGAACCCACAGGCACGGCUGGGAAGAGACCGUCGGCGUGUGCCUGGACCACCACUGGGCAGAGCGCCCCUGCGGUCAUUCGCUGGCCCUCGUCGCUGUCCCACUGAGGUCCUCUGCACUGCCCUGGUCUAGGUUCCAUGCCGCUCCCUUUACAGGCCGGUUUUUGAGAAAGGAAGAAGUGACUGUUGCCAACAUGGGGGUGACAGGGUCCUGAGACGCUCGGGCUGGGACUGUCCCUUCCUGGGACAGCACCAGGGAGCAGCCGCAGCCCGGACCCGGAACCCGGACCAGGGACGGCAGCGCCGCUUCUGCUGUUCUGUGACAGCCGCGGGCCCCGCCCCUCCCCGGCCGAAUGACAGCAGCAGCUGCUGCGGGACAGGGGGGCUCGGGCUCUGGCUUCUCUGCAGCCGGGUGGGCGAGGAGUAGGCUUCUGUAUGUCCUACACAGACCACACCUGGGUGUGAACGAUGUUUUUAAUAAAAUACUUUUUGCAUAAA